AUGAUGCACGCUCAGGAUCACCUGUCUGGAAGACCUGGCCACCUCGACCCUGGACAACAGCACCAGCUGAAGAAGUUUAGGCAAAUCAUCGAGGAGAAGGGCCUGUACGACCCACUUCGACACGAUGAGGCUUGCAUGUGCCGCUUCCUGCGAGCGCGCAAAUGGGAUCUGAACGCAGCGUUGGAGAUGUUCGAAGCUGCGGAAAAGUGGAGAAAGGAAUUCAAAGUGGAUGAGCUGUACCACCAGUUCGAGUACCCCGAAAAGCAAGAGGUGGAUAAAUACUACCCGCAAUUCUACCACAAGACGGACAAUGACGGGCGACCAAUCUACAUUGAGCAGCUUGGAAAAUUGGACCUUAGGGCGUUGUACCAGGUGACCACCCCCGAGAGGCAAUUGCAGAAGCUCGUUGUGGAGUACGAAAAGUUUCAACGCGAGAGGUUGCCGGUGGUGUCCAAAGAAAGAGGAGAGCUCGUCGAGACGAGCUGCACGAUCAUGGACCUCAAGAACGUGGGCGUGGGUCAAUUUUGGAAGGUCUCCACCUACGUGCAGCAAGCUAGCAACAUCGGCCAGCACUACUACCCAGAGACGAUGGGCAAGUUCUACAUCAUUAAUGCGCCGUACAUCUUCACCACCGUCUGGUCCGUGGUGAAGGGCUGGUUGGAUCCGGUGACAGUCGAGAAGAUCAGAAUCCUUGGCAGUGGAUACGAAAAGGAGUUGACGGAGCAGAUUCCGCCCGAGAACCUGCCUGCUAGCCUUGGAGGCACGUGCAACUGCCCCGAAGGAUGCAGCUUGUCGGAUGCGGGACCUUGGAACACGGAAGAAGGAAAGCGCAUCCUUCAAGAAGUCAGAGCGGACAAGGACAAGGAGGUCAAAGCUGCGGCUCAGUAG